AUGGAAGGAAAAGCCAUUCCCUUCCUCUUUUCCUUUAUCUUCCUUUCUCUCACUGUCACUUUUGCCGGAGAGUUACAUUACCAAACCCUAGUCCUAAGCCCUCUCCCCAAGCCACAGUCACUCCCAAUAUGGACCCAAGACUCCCAAACCCUUUCAGUACUGGAACCAGAACAAACCACCACCGAAUCUUACUCAGAAACCACCGUUUCCUUACAGUUACACCACAUAGACUCUCUCUCCUCCUCCUCCUCCUCCAAGUUCAACAUCACCCCGGAGGCCCUCUUCAACCUCAGACUGCAACGCGACUCCGUCAGAGUCAAAACCUUGACGUCCCUCGUCGCCGUUAAAACCAAACCCACAGGCAGUCACGUGCGCGCACGUCGCAGCAGAGACUUCAGCGGUUCCAUAAUCUCAGGGCUCGCGCAAGGCAGCGGUGAGUACUUCACGCGCUUGGGGAUAGGCACUCCUGCUAGAUACGUUUACAUGGUCUUGGACACCGGAAGCGACGUCGUUUGGAUCCAGUGCAGGCCGUGCCGGAAAUGCUACACACAGUCCGACCCGGUCUUCGACCCAACCAAAUCCUCUUCCUUCGUCGGACUCUCAUGUGGGUCCCCUCUAUGUCGCCGUCUUGACUCACCUGGCUGUAGCAACCGUCGGAGGUGUGUUUACCAAGUGUCCUACGGUGAUGGGUCUUUCACUUCUGGUGAAUUUUCCACUGAAACACUCACUUUUCAAAGAAUCAGAGUAAAAAAUGUUGCAAUCGGAUGUGGGCAUGACAAUGAAGGCCUUUUCAUCGGAGCUGCUGGGUUAUUGGGUCUCGGCCGUGGAGGAUUAUCUUUUCCGAGACAGAGCGGUCGCCGAUUUGGCCGGAAAUUUUCUUACUGUUUGGUGGACCGAUCGGCUUCGUCGAAACCGUCUUGGAUAAUAUUCGGCAACUCUUCUGUUUCAAGAAACUCCAUUUUCACUCCUUUACUUGCUAAUCCGAAACUCGAAACGUUUUACUACGUGGGUCUCACCGGAAUUUCUGUCGGAGGUGUUCGUGUUCCUGGCAUUAAGGCUUCAAUGUUCAAGUUUGACGCCACUGGCAACGGUGGUGUGAUCAUUGAUUCAGGUACGUCGGUGACCCGGUUAACCCAACCCGCUUAUGUUGCAAUGAGGGAUGCUUUUCGGAUGGGAGCAUCCAAUUUAAAGCGGGGACCCGAGUUUUCACUGUUCGACACUUGCUUUGAUUUGUCCGGCCAAACGGUGGUGAAAGUUCCGACGGUGGUAUUGCAUUUUGUGGGUGCUGACGUGUCGUUGCCGGCGUCGAAUUAUCUUAUUCCUGUGGAUAGUUCGGGGAGGUUUUGUUUUGCAUUUGCGGGUACGAUGAGCGGGUUGUCCAUAAUUGGGAAUAUCCAACAACAAGGGUUCCGGGUUGCGUAUGAUUUAGCAGGUUCAAGGGUCGGGUUUUCUUCACGUGGGUGUGCUUGA